UGUACCUGCCGCUGAUGAGGACAGGAGGACGGGGCUGGAGUUUUGACAGAUGUCCGCCGCAGCAGUGGAACCAGCCCAAACCUAACGAAGGCGGGGUUAAAGAAGAAACAAGGAAUUUCCUGGUGAGGCUACGACAACACAGGAAGAUGAACGUGGGCGUAGCUCACAGUGAGGUGAACCCCAACACGAGGGUGAUGAACAGCAGAGGAAUAUGGCUCACCUACCUGCUGCUGACCGUCGUGUUGCACAUCGUUCUGCUCAGCAUUCCUUUCUUCACUGUGCCGCUCGUCUGGACCCUCACCAACGUCAUCCACAACCUGGUGAUGUACCUGUUUCUACACACAGUGAAGGGCACUCCCUUUGAGACGCCAGACCAAGGCAAAGCUCGCCUGCUCACACACUGGGAACAGAUGGACUACGGCGUCCAGUUCACAUCUUCUCGCAAAUUCCUCACUAUCUCACCAAUUGUUUUGUAUAUUCUCGCAAGUUUCUACACAAAAUAUGAUCCCACGCAUUUCCUCAUCAACACAAGCUCCCUCCUUAGUGUCCUCCUCCCAAAGUUGCCUCAGUUUCACGGAGUACGAAUAUUUGGGAUCAACAAAUACUGACUGAACACUGGAUUUUAACCACCAACACUGGACUUGUAGUUUUCUGUUUCUGCUGAACUUUUUUUAUGUUUAGAGGUUAAGGAGAAGACAACCAGUUUUGGUUUGUCUUUAUCUGUACAGACUGUGUGGAGUAAUAUAUGAAAGUUGCAGUUUGCGCUGCCUCUUGCAGCCUGAAAAAAAAAAAAACGUAAAUGCACUGCUGCUGUUUCAUUAAAGUAAUUGUCGUUACUGACAUUCCUGAUGUAUGGUUAUCAAAAGCCAGGCACUUUGCUCUCGGCUUCAAGAAAGAGCAAAUUUGAACUGCACUGCUUUCCAAUGUUAUUCAUCACUUUUUAAAUGUCGUCACCCUCUGUCUCUGUCUCUGUGUAGCUUUCCCUGUUACAAACUGCACUGGCUGCACGUCUGUAAAACUGUGCCUGGUUGUUGCCAUAAAUGUGAAUGAGUUCAUCUCGAAUUCAUUGUGGCAGUGUGGUUUAUGUUCUCAUAACACUUGCACAGGUUUCCAUUUUCUUUCAUGCUUUUUUUUUUUUCUUGAUUUACUAUGAAGGAAUUCACACGCAAGCAUGCAUUUACACACCUGCAAUAAACACUGCAAUCUUUGUUUUGCUAUGAUACACGUAAUCAUGUAAUUUACCGUUUGCUUUACAAAGCUGGACGUCUUUUCCAGCUUAUAAAAUGAGUAGUGAGAGCUA